GGAAGAUUUUUGGGUACUGCGGUACCGGACUGAAGAAGAUCGAAGAGACUGCCAGGUGUUACGUGGCGAGGAAGACUGCUGCUGGGUGGUAUAUGAAGCUGGAAGACUUGCAAAAGCCAAGGCCAACGUGGGAUAUACUAGAAGAGAAGGAGAUAGUCGCUCGAGGUCGCGUUGUAAACCAGAACAUUAAGCUUGUGUUGUGUUCUAGGAUGGAUAAUGAGAGAAGUCAAUGGAUGGUUAGUCUUGUACAACUUUUUCAGUUCAGUACUCGCCCCGCCAUUUCUGUCGUGUAGUCUCCGUGGCAAGCUCCUCAGAAAAUGGAGUCAGAAACUGAGGAAGCACGCCUUGCCAAUCAGUCCUGGUGAAAUUGCCGUACCAAGCUGCGGUGUAUCCCCAGUACUGAGGAUAUCAACCGGAGAACUCCCAUCUAUGAUCACGACCACCUUCUGUCCCUUCGCAAAUAUGUUACCAUGGUGCAGAUCGGCGUGCGUGAAGACAGGGGGUGGCCAAGGACCAUCUUACAUAGCUUCCAUGUCUUUAGGAUCUUGUGUUUCUUGGCUGUUCAAUCUUUCUGGGUGUGGGUGGUCAGCUAGAGAGAACCCUUUGCGGAGCCAGACAUGGAAGUCUUGUAUUGUCGUAAAUCGCCUGAGGCGUAGCUUGUGCCUGACCAUACGUGCAUCAUACAGACUGCCUCUUGUACAGCUCUGGCUAUCAUCAAGAGGAGUCAAUGAGCUCAAUUACCCUACCAUAAGUCUGAGUUGAGCUGUGAGUUUCUGUUGGACGUUGUCUCCAAUUUCAUACCACACCUUGCCGAUCAUCUCCCUCGUAUGCGCCUCAUGGGAACGUAUGUGCGUCCCUUAUGAACAAACAAGCAGUAUACCGGGACUGGGAUGGAGGUGUUUUCGGCGGUGUCUUUCAGGGUCGCGACUUCCGUCAGAUCAACUGAGCGUCCAGCUUUGAUGAUCACCUUUCUUGGGAUCGGGCUACAAGACCUUUGUGAUGUGCACAGUCUGGCGCAUGUCGAGAGAGCCAAUCUGGUGAAGAGGCGAGUGUUGAUGGACAAAUCCUGGGCGACUGUGGCAUGGGUCGCGACAUCUUGAGUCGUCGAUCGUUUCUUGGUCUUGUUGACCGCAGAUAUGUGUUGUCGAGGUUUACUGUGAUUGAGCUGCUUUAGGCAAGCGAGGAGAUAUCAUCAAAAGAACUGAACAUAAUGCACUCGAAGAUGAU